UUUACUUGUUGGUACCAAUACAGAGAAAAGACUUGAUUUCGAAAAGGAGAAACGAAAAGACGGUAAGAAAAGUAUACACGAUUACCCAAUUUCUACAGAAGAUGGUAUCCAAUUUGCCAAGGAAAUCAAGGCGAUAAAAUAUUUGGAAUGCUCGCACUUGGAUUUGAACAGCAUUGAAAGGGUUUUUGAUUGUAUUUAUGAAUGGGGAUACAACAAGUACAUAAAAAAUAAGAAAUAA